GCAAAGGAAGCCGAUUGCAGUGAAUGGAAAGAGAGAGGGACACAAAAUGAUUCCAUCUCAUUGUGGAUGGUGCGUGCAGCAGCAACAGCACGCAGUCGACAUACGAUCACUAAAAAUAAUGCACCAUGGCCUCCACCGUGGCGUGCCCGCGUUGUUGUUCGCUUCAUCACCAGCCUUGGCCUGUGUUGCGCCUCCCACCUCCCGCUAACAAAAGUACAGCACGUCGUCUCGUUUUCGCGUUGGGCUUCAGUGGACUUGAGGAAGCCAAGAAGCCCACUGUAGAGUAAGAGCAGUGCACCCCGCGUCGACGCCCCCGCCGCCCGGCCCUGCCCCCCUCCCCGCUGGACACACCAACUACCUACCAGUGCCGGAGCUGCAGGUUUGCAUUACACUCACUGGGGGCAGCAGCUCCUACAGCACAAUAGUUACAGCACCAGGCUAUACUGUACGGCACCACUGCACCGCCCAGGCCCGCCGCGCCAGGCUGAGCCGCCGCCCACCAAAACCCACCCCUGACUGGAUUUUCCACCCCUGCACCACCCUUUCCCCUCCCAGAACGAGCCAAGGCAGGGAAAAAGGACCGCCGAACCCGCCUGGAGCCAGUGGCCCGUAGCCGCUAUUCCUGCUUUUUCUCCUCGUCCCCCGAAUCCUCGCUUGCGUCUGCAUCUCCAACACCUCGUAUUUGCUGCUCCUCCUUGUCUUUCUCUCACCUUUCUCCCUUUUCUCACCCCGAGGCGGCCUCCUGCCCAUCUUGCUUAUCCUCGAAAUCUAUCCGACACGGCAGUAUAGAUACAGGCUCUCUCACUUUCUUCCGACGUCCGAUCCAAUCUUCUCAAAUCGCCCCAUCCUCCAAACGCCUGGCCGGCUUGCGUCACAUUUUUCUUGUUUAGCUCUAACCGACACCCCCGACCACCGAAUAACAAUCUCUUGGCUGCUAGCUGUUCCUCCGGAAUCCAUCGCCAGAUCUACGAUAUAGUUUUACACUAUUCUACUCGGCGAUCGAUUCUAUACAACUACCUUCACCCUACACACCAUACCUGUUUAGCAAUCGCUCGACAAUGGCGAAUGCCAACCCGGCAAACGUCAUCCGAAGAAAGCUCGUCAUUGUUGGUGACGGUGCUUGCGGAAAGACGAGUUUGCUUAGCGUUUUCACAUUAGGAUACUUCCCUACAAACUACAUCCCGACAGUAUUCGAAAACUAUGUGACAGAUUGCCGAGUAGAUGGCAAGUCGGUACAGCUUGCUCUGUGGGAUACCGCAGGCCAGGAAGACUAUAGACGACUUCGACCUUUAGCCUAUGCCAAAGCCCACGUCAUCCUGAUAGCCUUCUCCGUUGACAACCCCGACUCGCUUGAAAAUGCCAAGCACGAGUGGGUGGAAGAAGUUGUGGAACUAUGUCCGGGAGUUCCCAUCAUCCUCGUCGGUCUGAAGAAAGACUUGCGAGAAGACCCCGUCGCUAUUGAGGAAAUGCGCAAGAAGUCCCUCCGAUUUGUUACCAGCCAUGACGGAGAAGCCGCUGCGCGCGAGGUCAACGCCAAGAAGUACCUCGAAUGCUCGAGUCUGAGCGGCGAGGGCGUCGACGACGUCUUUGAGGCGGCCACGCGAGCCGCUCUGCUGACAUUUGAAAAGUCCGAAGGCAGCGGCUGCUGUGUAAUUUUGUGAGCAAUCCUUUUUCACGACUACAUGUUUAAAAGAAAGCGAUACACGAACACUGCUGGCACUUUAUCCGAGACCAAAAAACACCAAAAAAGAAUGGUUGAAUGCAGGGCAUCCAGCCGAACCCAAACACCGGGCUUUCUAGUCAGCGACACCAUGCAUUGAGAUAUGGCUACCAGGGACCGGGCCAACCGACAGCGACUUUGCUUAUUUUUUUUGUUAUUUUGCCAAACAUUGAUCCAACCACCACAGCCUCACUCCCCUCGUUUCACACCAAGACAGCAGCAUUGGUAUCCAAACAGAACAAACGGCAAUGCGUCAGGGCUGCAGGUGCCCAGGCGUGCCACCAAGCCACAAAGGUCGGAGCUGAGCCUUAGCUGAAGGUGCGAUACGUGCGGCGCAGCAAUAAUCCGACCGACAUUACCUGUUUCCGUUUAUGAGAUUGGGACAAGUUAAUGCCUUCACACUCUGUUCUGCGGUCUUGUUCCUGUUCAUUGUUAUCGGCUCGUGCUUCAGGUUGAGCGAGCCCUCCGGCUAUUGUCUACUACACAUGUGCAGAUGUUUGUUUGCAUUUUUAUUUUAUUUUUCACCAUCGUUUGAGCUGCAUUUCGUUUCUUCUUGUUCUUGUUUUAUUUUAUUGGAUUGCUGGGUCGAUAAUUGUUUGGGUUAUAAAAAGCAGCGUGGGGGGGCACUUGGGCCCUCGAGCGACAGAUGCCAAACUUGGGCAUCAAUACAACAUAACAUAUUGCAUUCUACUGUAUGCACAAGCUCCAUGUUCACUGUGAUGUGUAGAUACAAAGUAUAAUGAUACAGAUUUUGUGUAUUCAGCUAAAUGCCACUGUCUUAUUACAUUUCAUGGUUCAAAGAACCCCGUUACCGAAACACCGCGAUCUCAUAACAAUAUUGAACGAUUACCACAGAGACAACUGCAGACCAAGGCCAAAGUUAACAAGCAUCAGGUGCUUUGAAACAAGAUGAAGCAAACCAAACUAAUCCAACUGGGGAAGCCAAUGAAGAAAGGGGAGAAAAAGAAAAUAUUGUACAAUGCUGUAAUAAAAAGGCAAACCGUUCUUUGUUGAACACCCCUGACUGAUAAUACCGUGAAAAUAUACAGAAUAAAACAAAGAGACAAAUGCUUUUUGGAGAAAGAAAGUCCGCUUUAUGAUCGCUUCCAGUCGUGGUUCCAUGCCUGCUUUGCCGGGCUAUCGGUCUGGAAUCGAGCAUACUCGAUAGGAAUGGCGUCGGUGCCCCAAACGCCCUUCUUUUCCAUGGCUACGCGGUACAGGUAACCUUCGCCGCGCUCACCAGGUCCAGCGCUGAGGCGAAGCUCCUCACAAGCCUUGUACAUGCUGUCAUGCAUUCGCAUGCGCUCCUGCUCAAUGGCAAGAUGCUGGUUGCGGCGGAAGAGCUGCCACGCGCGGUGGAUGGUCCAGUGGCGAACGUGGCGCGAUCGAGCCAUUCGAAGGGGAGGAGGGGCGGGCGUAAACAUAUUUUUGCGGAGGACCUUGAGGCGCUUCCAGUUUUCGGUGCGAACAAUGGCAUGCUUCUUGCGGAUAGGAGGACCGGUCGAGACCGCUUGACGGGCCAUGACGGACGAUGAGGUGCUAAAGGUGCGGAUGGUCGCGUUGGCAGCCGUGCCAAGGUUCAGGCGGCUCAUCAAGCCGCUAAUGGAGGACAUGGUUGCUCGUUAUUCGGAUGAGGGUAGCCUCUUGCCUGCAAAGGAUUGGAAUGGAGGACGUGGGCAGGGUCGGAACUCGUACAGAUCGUCGUCGGUUCGCUUGCGCUUGUUGCUGGGGCUGGUGGCGGCAGGAGGAGUGGUGGACUCGAGCGUGCUUGGUGUGUGAUUACCAGAUGCAGAGCUGGAGUCUUGAUCUUCAGUGAGCUCAGAUGUAGAUUCAGGCUCAGGAGAAGGGGAAGAACUAAUGUAGGGUGCUAGCACGUCGACAAGAGCUUGUGCCCCAGGAUCUACACAAAGGGUCUGGUGAAAGACGUCUGGAUCUUCGGCAGCUGGUUCUUGGUGUUCCUCGAAGUGGUAUCUGGCGAAUUGAUCUUGCACGAAUUGAUCUUCAACGACAGGUUCUUCCGCGACAGGUUCUUCAGCAGCUGGGGUUGCGUAGUAUAGGUCGUCGUUGGAUCUCUCUUCUGUUGUAAUUGGCGCCUGCUGCUGUUGCUGCUCGGUCGUCAAUUGAGGCUCGACAGGGGCGACGACGCAAGCUGGAAGUGUGUCUGUUGGCUCCGCUGGUUCUGCUGGUUCCGCUUGCGGUGCGCGGCGGUUCGGUCCCGGUUGUCGGAGAUAUUGAUGCAGCGACUGAAAGGUACUGAAGGCAAUGUACGGAUCAGCGUCGACUGCGCGCAAAUUGUUUAUGUGGAAGGGGUCGUUGAGGAAGACGUGUGUGUGAUAAAAAGGGAAAAUGCCCUCCUAAUAGAAAAUGUUAGCUGUGCUGGAGCGGAUAAAAAGUUAUCCCGGGCUGUGGGCGUGG